AUGGCAAAAGUAAUGCGAGCAAUUUUGGUCAAAGAAUUUGGUGAUGCAAAUGUAUGCAAAUUAGUUGAAGAUGUACCUAUUCCUGAAGUAAAACCUCGAGAAGUAUUGAUUCAUGUGCAUGCUGCUGGUGUUAAUCCUGUAGAAACAUAUAUUCGAUCUGGUACAUAUGCUCGUCGACCCAAUUUACCAUAUACUCCUGGAGCUGAUUGCGCUGGUGUUAUUGAACGGGUUGGUGAUGAAGUUACAAAGUUUAAGGUUGGUGAUCGUGUAUUUACAGUAAAUACUAUUACAGGAACUUACGCUGAAUAUUGUGUUGCUAAUUGUAAUUCUGUUUUUCCUUUACCAUCAAAUAUUUCAUUUGAAGAAGGUUCAGCUCUUGGUACACCCUAUUUUACUGCUUAUCGAGCACUCAUUAUCAAAGGUCAUGCAAAACCCAAUGAAACAGUUUUAAUUCAUGGUGCUAGUGGAGGAGUUGGUAUUGCAGCUGUACAAUUAGCAAAAUCGCUUGGUUUACGUGUUAUUGGUACAGCCUCUAGUGAACAAGGUUUACAAGCGGUGCGUAAUCAAGGUGCUGAUCUUGUAUUUAAUCAUAAACAAGAAGGAUAUCUUAAAGAUAUAGCAAAUGCUUCGAUAAAUAAUGAAGGAGUUGAUUUAAUAAUUGAAAUGUUAGCAAAUGUUAAUUUAAAUAAUGAUUUACAAUUGCUUAGAUCAAAAGUUGGUCGAGUUGUUAUUGUUGGUAAUCGUGGUACAGUUGAUAUUAAUCCUCGACUUUUAAUGGCGAAAGAAACAAGUAUUUAUGGUGUUAUUCUAUUUGGUUCAAGUGAAGAUGAAAUGUCAAUGAUAAAUGCUUAUUUACAAAGUGGUCUUAAAAAUGGCAUUUUAAAACCGUUUCUUGGUCGAAUAUAUCCAUUAGAACAAGCAGCACAAGCUCAAACCGAUGUUAUUUUUAAUAGUGGUACAUGUGGAAGACUUACACUUAAAAUAUAG